UCCGUCACCCGCCCCCUUAAAGGGGCCGCGCCCCCGCUGCUCCCCCUCCCCGGGCUGCGGGAGCCUGCGAGCGGGGGGGGCCCGCGGGUGUGCAACGAGGCCAUGCAGCAGGUCCUGGACAACCUGAUGGGGCUCCCCGGGACCCCCGGGGCCGCUGACCUGGACCUCAUCUUCCUGAGGGGCAUCAUGGAGAGCCCCAUAGUGAGGUCCCUGGCCAAGGCCCACGAGCGUCUGGAGGAGACCAAGCUGGAGGCUGUCCGCGGGGACAACGUGGAGCUGGUGCAGGAGAUCCUGCGGGACCUGGGGCAGCUGGCACGGCAGGACAGCGCGGCCGCCGAGCUGGCACGCAUCCUGCGCGAGCCGCACUUCCAGUCCCUGAUGGAGACCCACGACUCGGUGGCCUCCAAGAGCUACGAGACGCCUCCCCCCAGCCCCCUCCUGGAUCCCACCUUCAGCAGCCAGCCUGUGCCCCCCGACGCCGUGCGCAUGGUGGGCAUCCGCAAGACGGCCGGAGAGAACCUGGGGGUGACGUUCCGGGUGGAGCGGGGGGAGCUGGUGAUCGCCCGCAUCCUGCACGGGGGGAUGGUGGCGCAGCAGGGGCUGCUGCACGUGGGCGACGUCAUCCGGGAGGUGAACGGGCGGGAGGUGGGCAGCGACCCGCGGGCACUGCAGGACUCCCUGCGCCACGCCAGCGGCAGCGUCGUCCUCAAGAUCCUGCCCAGCUACCAGGAGCCUCACCCGCCCCGCCAGGUGUUUGUCAAGUGCCACUUUGACUACGACCCUGCCACCGACAGCCUCAUCCCCUGCAAGGAGGCUGGGCUCAAGUUCAUGGCCGGGGACCUGCUGCAGAUCGUCAACCAGGACGACCCCAACUGGUGGCAGGCAUGCCAUGUGGAGGGGGGCAGCGCGGGGUUGGUGCCCAGCCAGCUGCUGGAGGAGAAACGCAAAGCCUUCGUCAAGAGGGACGGGGACGUGACCCCCGGCUCCGGGGCUCUGUGUGGCAGCCUCAGCGGGAAGAGGAAGAAGAGGAUGAUGUACCUGACCACCAAGAACGCCGAGUUCGACCGCCACGAGCUGCUGAUCUACGAGGAGGUGGCACGGAUGCCUCCCUUCCGCCGGAAAACGCUGGUGCUGAUCGGUGCCCAGGGCGUGGGCAGGCGCAGCCUCAAGAACAAGCUGAUCAUGUCAGACCAGGCACGAUACGGCACCACCAUCCCCUACACGUCGAGGAAGCCCAAGGAGAGCGAGAGGGACGGGCAGGGCUACCGCUUCGUGUCCCGGGGGGAGAUGGAGGCCGACAUCAAGGCCGGGCGGUACCUGGAGCACGGCGAGUACGAGGGCAACCUCUACGGCACCAAGAUCGACUCCAUCCGCGCCGUGGUGGAGGCUGGCAAGAUGUGCAUCCUGGAUGUCAACCCCCAGGCAGUGAAGGUGCUGAGGACGGCUGAAUUCGUGCCCUAUGUGGUCUUCAUCGAAGCCCCUGGCCCCGAGACUCUGAGGGCCAUGAACAGGGCAGCACUGGAGAGCGGUGUGGCCACCAAGCAGCUGACGGAGGCCGAUGCCAGGCGCACAGUGGAGGAGAGCAGCCGGAUCCAGCGGGGCUAUGGUCACUACUUCGACCUCUGCCUGACCAACGACGACCUGGAGAGGACCUUCAGCAGGCUGCGGGAGGCCAUGGACGGCCUGCGUGCCCAGCCCCAGUGGGUGCCGGUCAGCUGGGUCUACUAGUGCCCCCCCCCGGGGGGGGAGGGGGUCCUCACCACCCCCCCAGCCCCCCCAGCCCAGCCAGGAGGGCUCUGUGGGGAGAGGGUGGUGGCUGUGCCCCUGCUGUGUCACCCACUGGUGUGAUGAGCUCGUUGUGCUCAGCACUGUGGCACAAUGAGGGGGGGGGGAGGGUUGGUUCUCUUCAAACCACCCCCUGGGGGGGGUCCCUAUUACCCUUACCACCACCCCCAGUCCAGCCAGGAGGGGUCUGUGGGGACAGGGCGGUGGCUGUGUCCCUGCUGUGUCACCCACUGGUGUGAUGAGCUCAUCGUGCUCAGCAGUGUGACACAACGUGGGGGCUGUCUGCCUGCAGACCACCUCCCUGGGGGGGUCCCCAUCACCCUCACCCCCUCCCCAGCCUAGCCAGGGGGGUCUGUGGGGAGAGGGUGGUGGCUGUGCCCCUGCUGUGUCACCCACUGGUGUCAUGAGCUCACCGUGCUCAGCACUAUGGUGCAGUGGGGGGGCUGGAAACC